CGUUACCGCUACAUUACUCUUGCUGCAGAGGAGAGAGAGAGAGAGAGAGAGAGAGAAUGGUCAGUAUCUUCGGCUUAUCUUCUUCGUCCUCCACUUUCCUAUUGCCUUCAACAACGACCUUCAGACACUUCCUCAAUUCCAUACAGAAAAGUCCUUCCUUAAACUACAAGAAACCUCUUACAGUGACCUCUCUCAAGUCACCGGAAUGCGACCCAUCAAUUCCUUCGGAGGUCCAGACCUUCUGGAAUUGGCUCCGCGAAGAUGGCGUGGUUUCCUCCAAGACUCUUGCGAAGCCCGGAAUUGUACCGGAAGGCUUAGGACUGAUUGCCGUUAGAGACAUUGCUCGAAACGAGGUCGUUUUAGAGGUCCCCAAGAGGUUGUGGAUAAACCCAGAUGCUGUUUCGGCCUCUGAGAUUGGAAACUUGUGUAGUGGAUUGAAACCUUGGAUUCAGGUUGCUCUGUUUCUGGUCAGAGAGAAGUUUAGGGAAGACUCGCCAUGGCGGAUUUACCUUGAUAUUCUUCCAGAGUAUACCAAUUCGACUAUAUUUUGGUCAGAAGAGGAGCUUUCUGAACUUCAAGGAACCCAACUAUUGAGCACAACAGAAGGGGUGAAGGAGUAUGUCCAAAGUGAGUUUCAAAAACUGGAAGCAGAAAUCAUUCUCCCAAAUGAGCAGCUUUUUCCUUCUCCUAUAACACUGGAUGAUUUCUUUUGGGCAUUUGGGAUACUAAGAUCAAGGGCGUUCUCACGCCUCCGUGGUCAAAACCUUGUGUUGAUUCCCAUGGCAGACUUGAUCAACCACAGUUCCAAAAUAACCACAGAAGAACAUGCCUGGGAGGUCAAAGGAGCAGCUGGUCUUUUCUCUUGGGAUACUUUAUUUUCUCUACGAAGCCCUAUUCCUGUCAAGGCUGGUGAGCAGGUUUUAAUCCAAUAUGACAUAAACAAGAGCAAUGCAGAGUUGGCUUUGGACUAUGGAUUCGUAGAUUCCUUGGAAAGCCGCAAUGCAUACACAUUGACACUUGAAAUAUCUGAGUCCGACCCAUUUUUUGGGGACAAGCUGGACAUUGCUGAGUCAAAUGGGUUGGGUGAGACUGCAUAUUUCGACAUCUUUCUGGAUGCUCCACUUCCACAAGCAAUGCUUCCUUAUCUACGGUUGGUAGCACUUGGAGGUACUGAUGCUUUCCUCUUGGAAACUAUUUUCAGUAACUCCAUCUGGGGCCACCUUGAAUUGCCUGUAAGCCGCAUGAAUGAGGAGCUCAUAUGCCGAGUGAUACGAGAUGCCUGCAAAUCUGCUCUCUCUGGAUAUCACACUACGAUUGAAGAGGAUGAGAAGUUAAAAGAAGCAAAACUUGAUCCAAGGCUUGAGAUUGCUGUAAGAGUAAGAGAAGGGGAGAAGAAGGUGCUGCAGUACAUAGAUGGGAUUUUCAAGGAGAGAGAGCUGGAACUGGAUGAGUUAGAAUACUAUCAAGAAAGAAGGCUCAAGGAUCUUGGUCUUUGUGGGGAGCAAGGUGAAAUCAUCUUCUGGGAGCCCAAAUAGGCAAAAUAAGUUCUUCACGUUGAUGAUUGUUUUGAUCGAGAAGAAAAGUGAAUGCUCCUAUAAUCAUCCUUUCUUCUGCUGUUAUUCCAAUAAUUUCGAUCAGUUUAGCUUCUACUGCCUUUCUGCAUGAAGUGGAAGAUGUGCCUCCUAAAUCUACAAGUUACCGAAAACAGUUAAAGGCAUGUUUGCUGCCAUUUUUCCUGUCCAUUGUAGGAUGAUUUUGAACAUGUUCAGUACAGAUAUCAUUUCUAUAACCUCCUUGAAUUUUCAUUGCAGUCUUUAAGACAAUUUCCUUGUAUUAUUUUGUAUCUUGUUUGUUUAAGAGACUAGAAACAGUUUCAUAUAUAAGAGGAAAUUAUUUUAGCA